GGUUCUUAUACCGCAGCGGUUUCAACAUGGAGGUGCCCAUGGAGAGACAUGUCUGAAGGAGAUUUGAUACAAAGGAGAUUAACCUCACCCUUUUACGUCCCUGUGUAAGUAUCGAGCUUCUGUCUCACACAAGUUGAACUGUCACAUUAAUAAAUUGAACAUGGCUACUUAUAGCUAGCGUGAAGAUAAAUACUUAGUUUGCUAGCUUUCCUCAGUAUGUCAGUUGUCUCCUUUACAGUCUAUGAUCGUGUCAUGCACCCCUCAAAACCACAGAGAUUGAUCAGCAGACUACGCUUAUGUGUUUGCAAGUUGUAACAAUAUUCAUAUUGAUGCAGAUUCAUAAGUGUCCCUGUACUAUUUGUCCCAUCUGCUUAUCUUGUUAAUCAUGUCACUAUUUUCUCUUAGGAUCCACAUGAUGCAUGUACUAUGAACUGUGCCCGCUGUCUACUACGGCUCCAGAGUCUAGGGUUCCUGGCCCCUUCUGUCAGAGCAUCUGUCCAGAAUGCUGCCCUGCUUAAGCCAGCCACAGCACUGUCCCUAAUAACAGUACACAACACAUGUGGUCAGGUAAGUCACUCCCUAGGGUUGUUUUCAAAUAUAGUCCUCUUUAAAGUAAACUCCGGGGGUAAAAAAAGAAGAAGCUAAAGAUCUCAGGUCUCUUUGUAUUCACAUUGCCCUUGCCUUUAAAUGGGGACUCAACUCUAGCUAGUUCACUUCACCUAUUUUGUGGUUCGAGUCCUCUUUGAAUUCACAUUGCUAUGUUUAGAAUGGAACCAAAAUCUUUUCCCAAAAUUCACUCAAUGCACUCUGGGUUUUUACAAAGUGUAGGACAAACCAUUCCUUCAGAACGGACAGCUAGCUAUACCUACUUGAAUUUUGGAAGCUAAUAGAUUGCAUUUAUUUAAAAGAUUAGACAUAAUUGUAAUCAGAAGAUAAUAUUAACAUGUCAAUAUUAUUGGUAACAGAAUAAAUGGCAGAAGAAUAACUGCAGAUUAAAUAAUGCUGUAAUUGAACAUUUUACACCCAAUGUAGGCUACUGCCCCUUUAAGAGCUAGAAUUGAUUUUGUACCCUGUUGUGAUUCUCAUGAAUUAUGUUGUCUUCUCACACUAUUCAAACCCCACAAUUGAAUAAACAGCUUAUGAAGCUCUCUUAGCCUAUACUAUAGAUCACAUAUUGCAAACAAAUAAUCUUGAACUAAGAGCUCCACAUUUUUUGGAAUUUCUGUGCAUCCUUGAAAAUCGUUAAUCAAUGUCCAAAAAAACAGCACACGUUUUUUCCGCAAACCUGCACAUCAUCAUCAUCUUCUCUCUUUUGUGGCACCAAUGUGAGGGGUUAUGGCAGGGGAACGGUGUUGCAGUAGCCUAGUGUGUGGUGUGGGAAUAAUCACAAGCGAACCUGGGGAGCUUUGUGUUCACAUUGCCCUAAAAAAGGCAACCGGACCGCGAAAUUCAAGCAAACUGAACUCAGAGCACCUUUCGAGAUGGUCUCAGUUCAGUUCGCUUCAGGGGCUCUUUUGAGGGGUCUGAGUUCCUUUGGAGUUUUCACACUGCACAAAAAAUUGUCUGAAAGGGACCAAGGGUGAAACCCUUAUGAAGUUUCCCAGGUAAUCACAUCAACAUGGCCGUUUGUUUUGAGUUGAUAAUGAUGGAUGAUCAUUAUCCUCAACCGUAGGGUUAGGAUGACUACGAUAUCAAGUUACCCUUUUUAUGCAUUUUGUUGAACUAUGUUGACUGCUUGUAUCUCCUCGUCAAUGUAUUUCCUCGUCAUCAACAGGCACUCAGGCGUUUCCAUGGCAGCCCUGGAUGUUAUAAGAGCCAGCCCGUACCCACAAACCCUGGUGAAGAGCAUGAGGAUCGAAUUAAGAAGGACAAGUCACUGAUCACUCAUGAUGACCUGUUUGAGAGGGUGGCCAGGGAGGCCAAGACUAAGGCCACCUUCAACAGAGUGGUGGAUGUCUUCCGUAAGAGGGACAUACGGCGUCGGGGUCACGUAGAGUUCAUAUACGCAGCCUUGAAGAAGAUGCCAGAGUUUGGUGUGGAACGGGACCUUACAGUCUACAACAAGCUGUUGGAUGUCUUUCCCAAGGAGGUGUUUGUGCCAAGGAACUUUAUCCAGCGCAUGUUCAACCACUACCCCCGACAGCAGGAGUGUGGGGUGCAACUGCUGGAACAGAUGGAGAACUAUGGUGGGUGGGGAGGGAGCUUGUGAGUGAGAGAUUUGGCCAACAGUUUUUCAGAACAGUGUCUCUCAAACCAUUAAAAUAAGUAGCUAGUGUAUUAUUAUAGACAGACCCCUUUUUGUCAUUCAUUUAAAAAAUUGUGUCAUCAGGUAUCAUGCCAAACGUCGAGAGUAAGGUCCUGAUUGUCCAGAUCUUCGGGGACAAGAGCCACCCAAUGAGGAAGUACCAGCGCAUCAUGUACUGGUUCCCCAAGUUCAAGCAUGCCAACCCCUUCCCCGUCCCCCUGCAGCUCCCUGAGGAUCCUGUAGAUCUGGCCCGCCUCAGUCUCAACCGCAUCGCCAACGACCUGGACGCUAAGGUCACCGUCUACCAGAUGCCCUGUACCGACAUCUCUGAGUCAGGAGAGGAGAUCACCUUUCCACACGUCGUAGGUAGAUAAUCAAAGUUCCCUCUCCUUUUACAUACAAACUCAGAUCCAAAUCCAAGGUUUUCUCCGAUUCUCUUUAGUUGCAGGGUUUUCAGUUGAUAUAGCUCGUAUUUUGUGGUCAGCAAAUAUUUAGGUUAACAAUGAUAUUAGAGCACGUGUCAAACUCAUUCCACGGAGGGCCGAGUGUCUGCAGGUUUUCACUCCUCCCUUGUCCUUGAGUUAUGAAUUAAGGUCACUGAUUAGUACAGAACUCUCCUCACCUGGUUGUCUAGAGCUUAAUUGAAAGAAAAACCAAAAACCAGCAGACACUAGGCCCUCCAAGGAUAGAGUUUGACACCCCUGUAUUAGAGGAUGCAAACAUAUGAUAAACGGAGUGUCUGUUCUCUCAAUGUUAAUUCCUACCUCUCUGCUCUUUCCCCCGUGUUAGGGAUCCAGAGCCCAGACCAGAUGGAGCUGCUGGCUAAACAUAACCCCAACAGGCCUGUGUUUGUGGAGGGCCCCUUCCCCCUGUGGCUGAGAAAGAUAUGUGUCUACUACUACAUACUCAGGGCUGACCCACUGCCCCCUGAGGAGAAGGUGGGAGACCCUGUGCAACUCUGUCAAAGCCAAAGGGAUGAUAACAUUGUAUAUUUGUAAAUAAUGGUGUAUAUUUUAACGGUAGCAUUUACAGUGUUAUAAUUUUGAUUAUGAAUAUUGCCUAAGUAGUAUCUGUUCCAUACUAUUGCAAUAGCAUUAUUGUAUGUUUUAGUUUUAUUGUACCUUGAGCAGUAACGGUUGAUUUAUUACCGUACCUGUUUUCUGCCUGUCAGGUGGAGGAGCCGUACGAUCCUGAGAGGUGUUUCGACUACCCUCUUCAGCUGGACCUGGACUUGGACCGGGACAUGGGGGACGACGACAGCUUCGACGUGGAAGACGGUAAGAUAAAACACCUAGGAACUAAUGAGUUCAAUUCAACAAAGCUUUAGAUAUCUCACAAACUAAAUUUAUGCUGGGCACAGCUGUAAUAAUUCAUACAGGACAUUAUGUGAGGUGCAGUGGUGUACAGUAAGUGAUAGACCGUAUACGUCUUUGUUUUCUGCAGUGGAUGAAGGGCCGGUGUUCGCCAUGUGUAUGACAAGCCAGGGAGACCAGGCUACCCUGAACCAAUGGAUCUCAGGCCUGCAGGAGACCAACCCCAUCCUGGGCCGCGUCCCUACCCUGUUCCGCCUGGAGGCCGGCCCCAGGGAGCUCCAGGGAGCGGCAGACCCAGACCACGUGUACAGGGAGGAGGGCGAAGAGGAGACAGAGACACAGACGGAGGUAGAGCCAGAUAUUGUUGUGGAGGAGGAGCAUCAGCGUAGCCAGGGAGUGAAGCAGUGAACAACUACAGGACUAAGAUACAGCCCAUUUCACUACCAGAGAUUACCUGGAGAGCUAGCUUUCUAUCACAGUGCAUUUAUCAUAACUAGGAGUUCUUCCUUGUCAGGUCACUUCUGGCCCUCAUCAUAAAAUCUGGUAAUCAUAGAAUGUCUUUAAGUUAAAGUGGAUUUAAUACCUAAUUAUAAAGUACCCACCUAUAAUCAACUCAUGUAUGAUCUUUCAAGAAACUAAGCUUAUGUGAGCUAUUCCAAAAAUACUGUAGAGAAUAUAUACGCAUGUAACCUGAUGCCCUCAACUCAUUUAAUGUUGCUGUAAGAAUGCCUUUGAUAAGACUCUUAAAGGAACUUUGAAUUUGCACUGUGUGUCAAGACAGUCUCAAAUCAACACAAAACAAUAAAUUAUUUACUUUAUAGCUGUUGUCUUUUGUAUGUCUUGUAAGAUGGAUGGUAACAUAUCGAACAAGUUUUUUGUUUUGUUUCACAGGCCUUGCCCAGCCCACCCUACUUGAUAACACCUACCUCCCAUUAAAUCAUAGAACCACUUUAAAGUUACCGAAAGGGUUUAUUAGUACCUAAAAAGGCAUUUGAACAUUCCCUUUAAAACAAACAAGGUAGGAACCAAUUCAAAGUGGUACAUUCUCAACAGGUAAAAUAGUACAGCUUGGUCAGUGUCCCCUGUACAUUUAAAGUUUCUGACAACUGUACAAGAAAAAGUUAUCACAGUACAUUCUGUUUUCAAUGCAUUUUCAGUCCGUUAAGACAAACUGUGCUCUAUUUAACAUUAUUUUCAGCAUAUUGGUGAACCAAAAACACUGCAAAUGAAAAUGUCUGCCACAUGAUUUCUGAUACAUAUAGGAAGUGUAUAAAUGUCUAUCACUCCACAUCCAAGCAGCACGCCAUUGGAUCAUACUUUUGUUGUUGUUAGAAGUAAUUUGAGAAAAAUAUGCUGAUAGUUGAUUGUUUAAUCAAAGAUAUAUUAAAUACAAAUUAAAUAGUCAUGUGUCACUGACUGAUUGUUCAGACCAAAUAAAUACAUUGAAAAAAGAGUUAAUGUACACAGUAUGUAUAGACAAGGAAAUAUUGAUCAAAUCAGAAGCAAUAUGAGUACGUACCACUAACCAUAAAGGGAUAGGCUUAUUUUCAUAGGCAAUCAAAUAAUACAUUAAGGGUAUUAACAUUUAACCACCCCUUUUAAACAUAAAUGUUGUAUUUACAGUGCAGGCAUACAUGUCAUAAAUCACCAUUACAAAAACUUAAAUGUUCAAAAAGGAAGUCUUCUUUUACAUUCUAGAACAACGUUUUACGAAAACCGUUAAAAAAAAAUGUGUCAGGAGUAUUUUGAAGAUUCAGUGUUGUAAAGUAUAAUGGCUAGAAAAAUCGGUCCCACUUUGAACAAAGUGCAACAUAUAGCAUACACAAAGGCUUCAUAAGCACUAAAUAAAUGCUUCACAAAUCAUCUAUAAGCGUAUGUCAUACUCUAUAAAGGGUGACAAUUCCCACUGUAGGGUGAAUUGCCAAAUGUGACAUAACGCACUAUGUAUGUUUGUACACCAUUUAUAGAGUAUGACAUACGCUUACAGAUGACUUG